CGCUUCACCCGCGCCCCGGGGCCGCGUGGUCCCCGAGGGGCCUCCCCUCGCUCUGCAGCCGCUGCGGGUCUGUGCAGUGGCACCGUUUCUGGGGUGCCUCAGGGCCCCCCGGGGUGCAUCCUCUCACAACGGGCUCCUCGGGCCUGUGUCUUUGUCUCUGGGUUGCCCAGCCUUCGUCCCGCUUCUCUGGGGGUGGAAAGCUGGCUGGGGAAAAGUUUUAUUGAGUGUUAGUGGAGCCUUCAGUUGAGAAAGUGAAAGGAGUGCGUGUUGUUGUGUAAUGUACUUAAGCAGGAAAACUGAGGACGUAGCUUCAUAGACUUGCCCACAGUGAAAAAUCAAAGACUGCUAUCCAUCUCGAGAUGGAAGAACCAGUGCUAGAUAAAUUGCCAUCUCUGUGUGAUACUCCAAAGGAUUCUGGAGCAGCACCUCCACGGGGGACUAGUUCAGGGAAACAGCAAAUGAGUGCAGCUCUGAGGGAGCGAUUACGGAAAACAAGACGUUCCUUUAAUGCCAAUUUUACAGCGGCAAAGCGGCUCAAAAUAGACACUGAAGAAAAAGACUGUGCUGAUGCUGACACAGGGUGCCUGCCAAUGACAAGUAAAGAUUGUUCCAGAUUACAAGAUGGUCCUGAAGACCUUGAAAGAAACAGCACUGCACAUACAUGUUUCAGAAGUCCCUCACGAGAGAGUGAUCCCAGUGGAUCAGCAGAGACUUCAGAUGUGCUACCAGUUGAUCUUGGUCAGCAACUGUCCCUGGAAGAAAAAGUAAGGCUGGUGAAACAAGUGCAAGAGAAGGAAGAAUUACUUCGUAGGCUCAAACUGGUGAAGAUGUAUCGAUCCAAGAACAACCUGUGUGAACUGCAGGCUUUGAUAGUGAAAUGGAGAAGCAGCACCCAGCUGAUGCUGUAUGAACUACAGUCGGCCUUUUCUGCAGAUGGCAAGAAAGUGAGUCUCACUCAGCUGAUCGAUACUUUUGGAUUAGAAGACCAGUUAUUGCACUACAGCAGAACAGAAGAAGAUUUUAUAGAUGCAUAAUCUACAAUUGCAAAGCUUUUAUUAGACACAAAAGCAGAAAAGACCAAGUGAAUUCUGAUCAUGUCAGAAGUGUUGAUCAGGCAGUGGACUUGAUGCUUUGGGGUUAGGAGGUUUUCUCCAGAGAAACUGGUAAAGCUUUGUACUUAGAUACAGUAGGCACUGUAAAAGGCAUUACUUACUGGAAAAGAUCAAACUUUUAGUGUUUUGGAGAACCUGGCUUAAUGACUUGGUCAGUUAAUUUUUAUUUAAUAAAAAUAAAAUGAGAUCGUACUUUAA